AUGUGUGUGCAGUCCACUUUUGUCCAUAAAAGGGAAGUUGAGUCAUUUAUGAUGCAACCUGAACAAUCUGAGUCCAGCCCUCUUGCCCGUUUUACUCCAUUUGUCUUUUUGCUCUUGAACUCAGAGCUGCUGCCGCAGGAGGAGGAGUAGAAGCAGCUGGUGAAGGAGCUAGAGGAGGUGUAGAGUCUAGAGACAUCUGUAGUUAGGAUUUCAGUCUGCGGUGGCCAGACGCCAGCAACAAGCAAGACGUAGCUCCUGCAGCAGAAAGUGGCCAAAGGACAUCCAGCGCUUCAAGUCAAGAAACAACAAGGCCAAGAGACAAGGGGGUCGGCCCUACUGGCAGCAACAUCACAUGGAUUUUAAGGCCAAUCUUAAGGGUGUCAAGCCCAAGACAGAAGACAAGAGCAACUCUCCCAACCAGGUCGACUUCCGAAGUGUGCUGGGGAAGAAGGGUGGUACUGCUGCAAGCAACAAGCCAGCUGAGACACCAGGCAAGAAUGUCAGUGACUUCCGUUCCAUUCUCACUAACAAGAAGAAGCCGACAAGUCCUGAGAACAACAGUGAGAGGGUGAACAAUUUUGUAGAUGGAAAGAUACAUGAGAGGAAUCAAGUAAGUGCACCUGCACUGGAGUUUGUGGAGAAGCUGAGUGAUGUGAGUGUACUGGACGGUCAGCGGCUCCGGCUGGAGUGUCGCCUCGCCGCCACUGCUGCUGAUGCUGCCGUCACCUGGACCCUGGACGGGAAGAUCAUUAAACCAUCCAAGUUCAUUAUUCUUGCCAAUGAAGGGGGUCUGUGCUCUCUGACCAUAGACAAGGCUCUGCCAGAGGAUCAGGGCCAGUACAAAUGCAGAGCGGAGAAGUCGACGGGCUCAGCCGAGUGUUCUUGCACAGUUCUUGUUGACGACCCAGCAGAAAACUCUCCUGUGGACAAGAAGUCCAAGAAGGCGACUCCAACCUCAGAGAGUGAGGCCAGAAUAAAGAAGCCUACGGCAAAGACUCCGCCCAAACAAGCUCUGCCUCCUCAGAUCCUGCAUUUUCCAGAGGACAUGAAGAUCCUGGCUGGACAGAAGGUGGAGAUUCUGUGCAAGUUCUCUGGAGCUCCGCCCAUCACAUGCACCUGGCUGAAGUUCAGAAAACCAAUCCUGGACAGUUCGUCUGACAUUUCCGUGGAGAGCACAGACAGCAGCAGCACGCUGACCAUCAGCAGCGGCCAGCAGGAGCACUGCGGCUGCUACUCCGUGGAGCUGAAGAACGGCUUUGGGAUGCGACAGGCCGCCCUCAACCUCACCAUAGUGGAUAAGCCUGACCCACCAGCAAAAGUCCCUGCCGCCUCAGACAUCCGGCGGUCCAGCCUGACACUGUCAUGGUACGGGCCAACCUACGAUGGAGGCAGUGCCGUGCAGUCCUACCACUUAGAGAUCUGGGAUUCUGCAGAGCCGCAGUGGAAACAGUUGGUGUCCUGCAACAGCACAUCCUACAAUGUGCAAAACCUUCUUCCAGAUCGUCAGUACAAGUUCCGUGUCCGGGCGCAAAACAUCUACGGCAUCGGAGAGCCGAGCGUCGAGUCGGAACCUGUGACUGUUAGGCUGGAAGAUGAAGAAAACCAGGAGGAGGCUGAGGCAGAGGAGGACGAUGAAGACUUGGAAAAAGAGCCUGAAUACAGAGAUGUGAACAUUCGAACUGACAUGAAAGUGAAAGAGCUGUACGACGUGGAGGAACGAUUGGGGACGGGGAAGUUUGGUCAGGUCUUCAAGCUGGUGGAGAAAGCCACAAAGAAGGUUUGGGCAGGAAAAUUCAUCAAGGCGUACUCAGCAAAGGAGAAGGAAAAUGUCCGGCAGGAGAUCAGCAUCAUGAACAGCCUCCAUCACCCCAAACUGGUCCAAUGUGUGGAUGCUUUUGAGGGCAAGUCAGACAUGGUCAUGGUCCUGGAGAUGAUCUCAGGCGGUGAGCUUUUUGAGCGGAUUAUCGACGAGGACUUUGAGCUGACUGAGAGAGAGGUGAUCAAAUACAUGCUCCAGAUCAUUGAUGGUGUCAACUUCAUCCACAAGCAAGGCAUCGUUCACCUCGACCUCAAACCAGAGAACAUCAUGUGCAUCAAUAAGACCGGCAGCAAAAUCAAACUGAUAGAUUUUGGCCUCGCCAGACGACUAGAAAACGCUGGAACCUUGAAGGUUUUGUUUGGAACUCCAGAGUUUGUGGCUCCAGAAGUGAUCAACUAUGAAGCCAUCAGUUACCCCACUGACAUGUGGAGCAUAGGAGUCAUCUGUUACAUCCUUUUAAGCGGGUUGUCUCCUUUCAUGGGUGACAGUGACAAUGAGACCCUGUCCAACGUCACCUCGGCCUCAUGGGACUUUGAGGAUGAAGCAUUCGAUGAAAUCUCAGAAAAUGCCAAAGACUUCAUCACAAACCUGCUAAAAAAAGACAUGAGGGCUCGGCUGACCUGCGCUCAGUGCUUUGAACACCCCUGGCUGAAGCAGGACACCAACACCAUGAAAGCCAAGAAGCUCUCCAAGGAGCGGAUGAAAAAGUACAUCUUGAGGAGGAAAUGGCAGAAAACAGGGCACGCUGUCCGGGCCAUCGGCAGACUGUCAUCUAUGGCCAUGAUGGCUGGAGUCAGCGCCAAGAAGGGCUCCCCCACCGAAGAGGACAACCAGUUCCUGGAGUGCUUGGAGUACGAGCAGAGAGCUGAGUGUAAGCCAAGCUUCAGCAAGGUCAUCAGAGAUGUGGAGGUCGUGGAGGGCAGUGCCGCCCGCUUCGACUGCAAAAUAGAAGGCUAUCCUGACCCGGAGGUGGUGUGGUACAAAGAUGACCAGCCCAUCAAAGAAACUCGGCACUUUCAGAUCGACUACGACGAAGAUGGAAACUGCAGUCUAAUCAUUUCAGAGGUGUCGGGUGACGAUGACGCCAAAUACACAGUGAAGGCGGUUAACAUCCUUGGGGAAGCAACCUGCACCGCCGAGCUGCUGGUGGAGGUGAUGGCUGAAGAGGAGGAGGAGGAGGAGGAGGAGGAGUAAAGCAGGAGCUGGCGAGACUCAGCAGGAGCAGGAUGGAGCUCGCUGUUCCUUAGCUUCAGUUCAGCUUCUCACAAAGAAAUGCGGACCUUUAAAAUGACAGACGAUUGUUUUGGGGGUUGGAGGAGCAGGCGGGUGGAGCUGCACACAUCCUAUCUGAUCAGGUCUCGUGAUCCAGCAUCCCUAACAAUGAGAGGCAUUUCCCUCCAGUCUGCUCAUCUCCUCCCACCACUCUCAGCUCUUCAGUAAAUCGCUUCAGAUGGUCUUAUAAGACUUUGUGUUUUCUUUUACCAAGAAAAAGAAAUUACACCAGAAGAAAAGAGGCUUGAUCAAUUCACUGAUGUGUUAAGCUCCACCCACCUCACAGGUAUAGCCCCUCCCUCCCCACAUCACUGAGCUUUCUCUUUCCUUGUCCUUUAUUCUUCAAAGAAGAUUAGAUGUUUGUGCGUUUUCCGCCCCUCUUGGUGCCUGGAGUGAUGUGUGACAGAUGAGACACAGAACCGUUUCUGAAAACGCCAUAAGCGGCCAUCCUGGGGUUGUCAAUGAGCACCACUUGAGUGUAGAAGUCAUGGCUUCACGUCUUCAUCCCAGACGGGUACUGCCUUGCAGCAGCGCCUCCCACGUUCAGGUAACACUGCUCUGUGGACUGUGUAUCAUCUUGGGAGCAGUGUGGCGGUCAUGGCUGUUUCUGAGUCACGGCUGCUGACUUCAACCACGAUGAAGUGAGCCUGCUCUCUGUGGGACAGAGGAGGGAGGAUCAGCCAUACCUCAUGACAAAAACAAACCAUGUGCAAAUUAUUCUGUGGUAACUAAUGCAUUGCUGUCUAAUUUUUGGUAAACAUCACUGGUCCAAAGACAGCAGCGUUUCUAGAUUGGGAGUGAGACGCCUUUUUUUCACUGAUGUCUGUCAUGAUCCUGCUGUCUUACAGUUCUCUAGUCAGUUCACUUCAGUUCUUGCCUUUUUUUGUGAAGCUCCAUCAGGAGAAGUUAAAGUGUUGAUGACAGGAGCAGGAAACGUGUAGAGCAUCAUUUUUAUGUCUGAAAAUGUUGUCAUUAGGUACCGAAGGACAUCCACAAACUGCAGAAAAAGACACGAAAGUUACAGUUUGACUGUAAUUCAAGUCACUGCAUGAACCACCUCUCUGUAAAAAAAAGGGCACUGUUGCUCUGGUUCCCUCAUUUAGUCCCUGUUUGAAACAUGUGUUUUGGCUGAACAUGUUAAGUUCAAAGCAUGUCGACCUUUCAGAGUGCACAGCUGACUUUGCAGCUCAGACAUCUCCAACCAUUGAAAUGGGAUUUUGGGGGUGUUUAUGUGGACACAAGUAAUAAAAUAAACGCCGCAUCAGAAUAAAAACGCCCUGAUCAGAAUACUCUGACCCGAUCAGAAUACUCUGACCCGAUCAGAAUACUCUGACCCGAUCAGAAUACUCUGACCCGAUCAGACUCGUUCGGAUAAAGAUUUCCUUCCGAUCAAGAAUGGGUGGGUGAUGCUGAUUGUUGAUCCGGUUAUGGUGCAUGGAAACCGUUUCCUCUGAUCGUGGAUCAUUACUGUUCUGGCUUUUUCGUCGUGUGUCGGCUGCUCUGCGGAGCGAGCUGUUGGACUCCGGAGAACCGUGUCUCUGAGCAGAGGAGCGGCUUCAGGAAGGUGCACAUGCUCUGCAGGCGGCUCUUGGGUGUGGAAAAUCGGCUCCAGACAGUCCUACCAAUCGUGUCCAGAAAAAAUAAAGGCUGAUGAUUUUCGCAUGUUUUUACCUGCGGCCAAGAUGCACUUUGCUGAAUUGCCCGGCAGUAUUUUAAGUGCGUCCAAGGCUAAGAGUUGUUGUUGGUCGCUCGUAUCAAUCUAGCCCUAACUGUAACGCUGUCACUUCAUCUGGAUCCAUGCAGGCCAAGAAAAUGGUUCAGCACUGGCUGCACCUAUUUAGAAAAUUAUGUGUGAAUAGUCACUUAAAGAAAUACUAAGCGCACGCUCAGAAGAUCAUCUCGCUUCAUGCUAAACGCAGCCACGUUUGUUUACAACAUGCCAUUUGUCAUUUCCAGUGUUUUAAACAGUUCUGUGCCUGUCAAAAUCCUUUAUUCCGAUCAAAUGUGUGGCGGAUGUAAACAUUUGUUAUAAUCUGAGAAAGUUUUUCAGGGCCCAUUCUAAUCCAAUCGUUGAUCCGAUUCAAGACAUUUUGCACUUGUGACCGCAGCUAUUCAUGGGAAUCAUUAUUCUUGUCAUGCCCAACAAUAUAUUUAAUCCAACUCUGGCAUAAAAAAACCAACACUGCCAUCUAGUGUUCGCUGGUGUUCCUACAGAACGACUCAAACCACUUGCUGAAGCCAGAGAUCUUGUUUCUAGUUUUUUGGGCAACACCAGAAGCAUUUUCAAGCUUUAUCACGAACCAGAGCUUCUCACUCCAACAAACUCAAACAUUGGUUUCCACUGAUGUCUUUGACAAAUUUAGACCAGUUUCAUUUGUUUUAUCUGUAACGGGUACACAAAACCUGUUAUUGUAUUACACAGAAGAAUCUUUCCCAUUCAUGUCAUUGCAAAGGUAUGAACAUUCUGAUACCAAUACAGUAUCUAAUUCUACACUUCUUCAUUUAGUUAUUUGAUUUUUAAGUAACAAACACUAUACGGUUUUACUUAUCAGCUGAACUUAGACUUCCUGCAUUCGCUUUAUCCAGACACUCUAGAAAAAACACAACAUCAUCAGCGUACAGUGAGCUUCUUUCAUGUCGAUUCUCUGUUUUCAUCACUGUUUAAUUUUUUGACUCAAAACCGUUUUGAGAAAACAUUUCGCUGUGAAUCUGUUUUAAUCAUCAUUGACUGAUCGGCUUUAAAGAGUUUUGUGAAUUUUUUGAUUGGUUUUGCACCAUAAAUACGUAGUGGAAAGGAUUGGAAGCUUGACAGCUCCCCCUUAAAAGGGGUUUCAUCAGCAGCAAAUGCAUUUGAGCAAAAGGUGUGUAACUAAAAAUGACUUGUAUCUCUGCUCCUGCCAUCAAAAUCCUUCAAUUAGUGGCGAUUUGCUGUUCUUCCUGAAAGCCCAACAUAUUUUCUGUACCUUCAACAAACUUCAGCUCCAGUACUAUGUCCAGACUGAUUGUGGCCACUAAAACCAGAAAUAAAUUGUUUUCGCCAUUUCAAAAUUCAUAAUCAGGACUUUCAGUUGAUUUUUUUAUUGCUAUCAAGCUGAUAUUGUUUGCUGUUUUCAACAAUCUCUCUGUCCAAAACUGGAGCCUGUUUGCUCAGAUGCUGGACAGAAAGGAGAAGGAAACAAGAGACUCAAACUAAAGUCAAUCAAAAUCACCUUCAUGUAUUUAUUUAUUUAUGUUUUGUCAGCGUGAUCUGGAAAAACGUUCAUCAAUUCUUUUCUAAUCUGUGGUGUGUGUUUUUUCAAAGCUGGAGUUUUCAGUUGUUGAACCAAACGGUUUUGUGUCGCACCUGUAAAUGUGUGCAGAUCACUAACCAGCCGAGCGGCACCAGAGAAAGCCUUUGAGGAGAAUGUCAUGCAGACAAAUGCAGACACAUUCAUCUGCCUUGCCAAGUGAGCCUUAAACAGACUAUGAAGAGCACUGGGUCAACAGCUUUUUCUCUGAUGCCUUAGAGUUUAUUUUAGCAUGUACCAUCCCUUGGAUGACGGUGAUUAUGCUAACUAUGAGAAGAUCACUGUUGACUCUGAGCAUCAGAGUGAAUCCCGCCAACAUUUAGAAGCACUUUGUGAUGUAAAGUGUAGUUUUCAGUCUUUAACUCCCAGUUGUCAGCAAAAAACAGCAGAAUCACAGAGUUUCCCAAAGAGUCUGUGGCAGAAACCGUGAGGUAAAAUGUUGUGAAUUUUCCAACCGAGUGUUUGUGCUUCAGUCUAGUGGCUCCAAACUGGCUGAUGUUUCCAACCUGAAGCCACACAGCAUUUCUUGUGAAUUCAGAGUGGGUCUUGUGUGUUUCACGUACUCUGUGUUAGGUUGGUGUGCUCAAUGACCAUGCUUUUUCUUUUCAACAGUUUUUUUUGUUCAAUGUAUUUAAAGCACAGAUUUAUAAUUAUUGUGAGCAUCCGUUUUUUUUUCUCAAAGUCUUGCUGCACUUCAUCCUGUCCAGUUAUCCAUCCGUGUUUAAAGAUGGGCUCACCCCUUGACUAUUUGUUUUCUUUUUGUAUUAAGUGUAUGUAGAUUUUUUUUGUCAAAUAUUUAUAAAUAUAUGAGUUUGAUGAACGGCAAACUGAGUUUAUGAGACCUCUAUCGUUCUUCUUACACACAGAAGCCAAAUAAAGUUUUAUCACAAAGA